AUCAAAGCAUGUGUGGGACUGGGGAGGUCCCCAUUUUUGUUUUGGUUUGAUCUAGCUUGGAUGGAGUGUGGGAGGAUGCGUGUUAAAUGAUUGCCCGUGUGACGGAGAAUUUUCUUUUUAAAGAUCAGUCCAUAGGAUGCCUUUUGGGAGUUGAAGUCAAGUUCUGGAUGCAGCGUUGGAGUGGAUUUACAAAAUAAUGUGUCAGUUAAUGAGACCGGAAGGAAUGCACCCAAUUCUCUCAAAGGCAUAACAAACAAUUCUAUUACCUCGUAUCAAUCAAAACUGAUGAGAGCCAACCCCAAACUUGUUUACCCUUGAUACUACUUCCACAUCAGUAGCUGAUGACGAGCCCAGACCUCGUUCUCCCCAUCUCGCACUUCUCUCCUCAGAGCAGUGUUGCAGAGGUGGUGGAACCUUCAUCUGUCGCCAUGGUGACCCCUCCACCUUCCCCCUCCAAAGCCGCAGGCUCCCCAUCCCCUUCCGCAUCCUCAACUGUGACUCUUCUAGAAGGGUUAGGUGAAGCCCUCAUCUUCGUCCUCUACGUUCUCUGGGUUCUUCUCUCGUCAUGUGCGGUGUUUCUCUUCAGCUCCUCCCAGGUCGCCAUUACCACUCUUCAGAAAUGUAGACUUGCCUGGGAGUCUGAUAAAACUAAAAGUUCAAAGGAAGAGGGUAAGACAAUGGGAGGUGAAGGGGAAGAAAGUGGGCCACUUGUAGGGGCAGAUGAUGGUGGAGAUGGGUUAAUGGGUGAGCUUGGUAAAGACUCCGGAAUAGCAUUAAACAAAGGUGGGAGAGGAACGGGAGAAGCAACAGAGAGUGGAUUCUUCGAGGACAAGGAUGUUGGAAAGCUCUUUGAAACUUGUGAUGGUGAGGAAAUCCUGAGAGGCGCAGCAUCUGCUGGAAUUGGUGGUAGUGGUUGUUGUGUUGACAGCAGCGUUGAAGUGAUAACUUCAGCUCCAGAGGAAAGCAUUGAUGGAGAUUGGAUCCAGACCAAAUACGAUGAUGAGAGUGGAAGCUGUGAGGAUUUAUUGGAUGUUAACAGAAACUUACGGAUUGGAGGAAGGAAUCAUAGGAAGCUGUUUGGAGUAACCGGUCGUGAGGAUGAUGAUGAUGAUAGGGAUGCGGUUGAUGAAGAGGUGGUAAGCAGAUCAGACUCAGGAAUCGAGAUGAUGGAGCCUGAUAAACCAGUAGAUUGCCAGGACUAUGCCUGUUCAUCGGUCCAAGGGAAUAAACUAUAUGGUUACUUGCAUGUUAUUCAGGGCCUGCUUGGAGAGCAGUUCACAAGAGCUGAAGUGGCUACCCUGGGUAAAUAA